UAACCACCUCCGUUUUCCAAUUCCGAAUGAUUACUUUCUAUUUAUGAAAGAGAGAUAAGACCGUUUUGGUUGAUCUUAUUCGAUCUGUCCUUGUUAGACUGAAUUAGUUUUGCUCAGUUCAUGGAGGUGGAAGACCUCCAUGCUCAGUUCAGUCAUGUCAGUGGUUGCGUUGCACAUGUGAAACUGAAUGUCUGUGCGUUCAGAUGGCAUGGUGGAAUAUUCCUCCAUGGGUCAACUUUCCACAAACAUAAAAAGACUAUCAAAAACAAAUUCUCCCGCAUACCCAGGACCCUUGUGGAAUGGAACCAUAUGCCAGCUGAAACAAGGGAAGUCACAGACAUCGAUACCUUUAGGCAAAACUUUCUACAGAUCUUUCAUUGCAGUUUGACCACUAAGCUUAUAGUUGUUGAUAUCUGAACUCUGUUCAUCUUUCAAGAUGCCCCACUUGAAGGAAAUAGACUCUAGCAUUCAGCUUGCAGCAAGUGUACCCAUCAGGCAUUUUAUGUCUAGGACUUUGUCAUUCUUCUUUGACAUGGCAUUCCGGUGCCGCUUCAAGCUCCCAUCUAUUGUGGCAUUUGUUCUGUUUGCCUUUGACAUCCAGCUGCAGCUUCAGAUCAACGUCAAUCACUGAUUGCCCGUGGCAGGAUAAAGACGAACCUUUUAAAGAUUGAAAUCAGUCAUAUUCGUGGGUGCCCAGAAAUGUGAUCUUGUUCGAUUGCAGAUUGAAAGGUCACUGCAUUGUUUUAACAAUGACUCGCAGUGUGAAGGAUUUACGGGAGUUAAUUUGUGUGUCACGGUUGACAAUGAGAGAUAGUGAUGAGGAGGAUGAUGACCUCUCUCGACCUCUCAGUUCGCUCAGCAUCUUUGGGGAGAAUUCUCCAUCCAGUAGUGUCACUCAGUUAGGAGAGAGUGUGAAUGAUUUAUCUGUGGCACCUAGACCGCCACUUGAGGGAAAGGCCCUUAAAUCCCGGUCGCAGCACCCUGCAGGUGCCCGUCCAAAACAAUCACCAGCUACCAAGCAUGUUGCAAAUGUCAACAAUAAUGCUAGCCUCGACUUCAAGAAAUUUAAGACGCCACUUCCACCGCUCGAGUCGAGACCCUCCUCGGGGAGCAGCGUUGAUAGCGAUCGGCCCGGAAGUGGGGAGGUCGGGGGUCAAGACAGCCAGCGGGGCGACUUUGAUGGCCUGCUGCAGUACAUUGACGGCGAAGUGAUCGUCGAUUGGUUGAGACGAGCCCAUGAGAUGGUUGACGAGCUCUCCUCCUGGUGUAACACCAGGGACAAUUUUGUCACCUUUGCCAACUUCCUGUUGAUGGACUUUGCUGAGGUUCAGCGGCUGGAACUCCUUAAGAUGGAAGUUGGUAUCCUGCACGAUGAACUCAGUCAGGUCUUUAACCAGGGAGUGUCGCAGGGCAAAGUCACGCUGACUGACUUGAGUAGGCUGGUUGCGGCAAUCCUUCGUGAAUACCCGCGGCGUCUAUGCGGGCCUAGAGGAACCCACGUCUUUCUCAGCAUCCUUGACACACUGUCCUCGGAACGGACUGCUGAAUACAAGACAUUGCUGACGGAUGUAAAAAUUUCAACUCGCAACCGAGAGUUCGCUCAGUCACUUCUGGCCAUCCGGGCAUUCUUCUUGCUCAGUGUGUGGAGUAAUGUUGUUAACUUCUAUAGGAGGUUCCAAAGUGAUGAUCCCUUACGUGAACCUUGUCUGUCAGGCGAUCCCGUCGUCAAGCCCCUGCCUGUUGUGAGCAUUGUGCAGCAACGGGCCUACCAAGCUGUGCAGUAUGGAUUUGUUAGCGUUCUCCAUUAUCUGGUCCGCAGCGGAAAGUUGGAUGUGGACUCGGUGAACAAAGAUGACCGUUCCCUUGUAUUUGAAGCUGUGAUGCACAACCAGCCCAAAGUCCUGCACUAUCUUCUUAGCAAGGCUCAGCCAGGCUUGGAUGUGAACCGUCCCUCCGACUCCGGCAACACGCCGCUCCAUGCCGCAGCUAACUGGGGGUACGCUGAAGUAGUUCACAUGCUGCUGGAUAAGGCUCGAGCCUCAGUGAAUGCUCCCAACCCCAAGUGUGAUGAUGCUACACCGCUACACCUUGCUGUCAUGCAAGGACAUACGGCGGUCUGUAAGCUCUUGCUGGAAGCAGGGGCCGACCCCAACGCGAGUAUGAAUGGCAUCAGCCCAGCCCAGCUGGCCCAAGAUAUGGGCCACGGAGACAUCCUGGUCUUGCUCAGGAAGAGACGGGGGACGUAUGAUUAUGAGGAGAUGGUAGAUGACGACAGCGAGGGACUGAUGGAGUCUUGACUUGGCUGUCAUUCGGAUUCCAGCAAAAAUGGCAUCAAAAGCCGCAGCUGGAUGAUGAAUAAGUUUUGGCAGUGUUGCAAGAAGUGUUUUUGCAUCGAAUGGUCGAACCCUUACGUGAGGGACCUUUGAGAUCAUAUCAGCAGUUCUCAUGCUGCAAAAUAAUGCUCUUGCAGCAUGUACAAACUGAAUGACACAGGACAGAUGUGAUUGAUCGUUCACUUGGCGUGCACUGAGCCAGUAAAUAUGGAAUUACAUGUACAUACAGGUCUCUUGCUCGGCAUGAGAAAAUGUCUGCUUGAGAAAAUCUUGCAGGGGAAAACACAGGCACACACCUUCAGUCAAUAAUGAAUUUCACACUUUUGCCUCUCCUCUGUGCACCAAGACCAAAUGAACAUGAAUUAAGAUGUGUCUUUGGGGAUACAUACAUUUAUAUGCCCGAGAUAUUAGCUAGGCUGCGUAAAAGAUCAUGGUGUAUGGAACAUACGUUAGCUUGGCAAAACUUUGGCAAAAACCACGAUCUUAAAAUGACAUUUUAGGCAGGAAAUGUAAGCACACUUCACAUGGACCUUAGUGUCUCCUGUGUUCUUCAAAGGCUAAAAAAGUACCCUUUUAUUCAUACAUGUAGUGUUGUACAGAGCAGAGUGUAAAAUGUUGGUCUAAAUGUACGCGUACCUGCAUUUUUGCCAAGUUAGCCAUUGCUUCAUGUCGCUCUUGAGAGGUUGUCAUCAUGUACUCAGACAGACACAGGUACAUUCAAAAUUCAUGUUGGCUUAAAUCUUCAAUUUAUUCACUGCAGCCUUGAUGUUCACAUCAAAAGUUACUUAAGUGUAUGUUAUUUCAGAUGCUUUUGCAUCGUAGGGCAAUUUGGUUGUCAUUAACAAGCAAGAACAUCUGAGUAUGCAGUGUACAAGAUAAGGAAUCUUAGAUCGUUGCCUCUAUAUGCAUUAUUUCAACCCUGACUUACACAUACAUGUAUGUACAUGUAAGAGUGAUUGGUGCACUUAUCUUUAAUAUUUUGGAAUUUUGCAAAAAUAUGACACAUGACGAACUUAAACUUAAAUGUGUGCAAUGUUAAUGAUUUUCCUUCUCUGAUUCUUUUAUCUUAUCAAGCUCGUCUUGAAUUUCAGAUUGUCAUAACUCCCAGAGGAGAUACAUUUGCUUGCAGUACACCGAAUAUGUAUCCGUAGUACAGUGAUCUACAAAUCUAUGAAGUACUAAUAAUAAUUAGAUAAAAAAAAUCUGACAUGUCUUUAUAAAGAUGUGCAUGUAUUUGUGACAUGGACUGAUCCAGAAUCCAAA